GUGAACAUUUUUUUCCAUAGCAAGAUUUCCAUUAAUAAAUUUCUAUAAAACUACUACAUAAAAAUGAUCAGCAGCUUGUAUAUGACUAUUCAAGCAAUUUAUAGCUUCGUUUCAGGUAAUAUUGCUCAGCCUUUUGGAAGAUGACCGAGAAAUCCAUCCAUUAAGGAAUAAGUUAUAGUCAAGACCUUUUAAAAUAAUGCAUUAAAAAUAUACCGAAAGUUUGUGAAUCUUCCACCUUUCUGCACCUCCACAACCACGGCUCACCAGGAAUGAGGUAUUUUUCAAAAACUGUUCUAAGAUCAUAAGAUCAGGAACAAGCAUAUCCUUGAAAAGAUUUCAUGUGCAGAAAUCACUAUCCCAGUUAUUAUAUUUUGUGGCAUUUUUAAUCUAUGUAACCCAGGUCUUGUUAUGUCAAAUUAAGGUGUGAAACCAUGACAAACAUACAAUUUUUUAAUUAUUGCUACUCUGACAGCACGAUUUGGUGUAAAUGUAGUGAGUACAAGUUUAGGCAAUUGCUCAAAAUCUUGCAGUGUUAACCAUUAGAUCAAGAAAGUAGCAUUAUUAAUUAUAUGUACAGCAAUUAUGUUAAUGUUAGUACAGUAUAAACAUGCCUUAUUUAGAAUAAAAUUCAGGAAUGACUCUUUUUAUCUCAAUGACAUUCACAGGCUAGGAUAUAGUAAAAAUUAUCUUCAAUAUUACUAGUUUACAAUUAGUAUGGUGAUCUCCAAUUAAUCUUCAAGUGCAGUAACAAAUCUGAAUGGCUUCCAUUAUGCACAAACAAUUUGCACAAUCAUCUCUUUUAUAUUAUGUAUAUAUUAUUGCUAGUACGAGCACUGUUUUGAAAAGCCCCUGGGGAUCAAUAAAGUUGUAUUAUACAAUUUGUAAAUAAACCGAUAUAUAAUGCUUAAAAACUGUGUGUAUUAGAAAGAUGAACUAUUUUAUGAAAAGCCAAAAGCAAUGCUAUUUUUAUUAUGCAACAAAGACUAUUUGGAAAUGUGCAUCAGACUAUGAUUAUGAUUGAUUUACUGAUUUCAGGUUGAACAAACUAGAUUCUUUACUUAACGUUAGCAAUGAGUUCUCCACUUCCUGAUCGUCCUUCCAAUCAGAGAGUGGAGUCUUUUGGAAUAAGACAUUGUUUACAUUCUUAAAAGUAUUAUUGAUAUUCCUUCUUCUAAAUGGAUUGCCUCUGAGCGGGCUCCACAUGGGCAUGUUCCAAAUGUUGUGGCACAAAUGCUUUGUAGAAUUAAAAAAAAAAUUAAACAAUACAUUUUGAUAGGUCACUUCAUUUCAAAUGAGUGAACACGGCAUUUAUACUUAAUCCACUCCACCCUCUAGCCUCACAUCAUGAAAGAUGUUAACGAAAGUAGCAGCCGAUGUUCUGUCCACCUUUGAACAAAGUAGAAUGAGCCAAACACAGACUGUGCUCAUCUCUCUCUCUCUGAUCAGGCUGUUAUGUUUCGCUUUGUUUUUGCUGCAAAAUAUCAAAAGUUGUUACUGUACUCCGGCAACUUAAAGUGAUUUUGUUUACUCUGAAUUUCUCUUUGAACUUAUAUUCUCUUUGUUAAUGUCGAUGAAACUGAAAUCGGGCAGCUCGAUCGUGAAAGACGCUGACAGUGAAAGUCUGCUGUCGGGUAAACGCACAUAUGCACAAGACCCUCAAGUCCGGUCUGCGCAUGGCACCACGAAAACUAAAGGCUGAUUGGAUGUUGCCAUAGGUCGACGAUGUCAAAUAUUCGGCGCAUGCUUAGUACGCACUCGCCGGUGAUCAAGGCGGAAGCUUGGGUCCAGGCUGUUUGUAACACUGAGUUUGAAUUUCCUUUACUGAUUUAUGUGAACAUAAUGAGAUGGGUGGAAGAGAUUACUGCUGUGUUAUUAACUGCCGCAGUCGAAGAUCAGAAUGUAAACAGGCCGGGAAAAAGUUAGUAUUUUCUCAUUUCCCGAUGGGCAAAAGCUUAAAAGCUCAAGAGAGAAGGAAACUGUGGCUGCAAGCAAUCCGAAGGGAACACUUCGUGCCGACAGUAUACUCACAAGUAUGCGGUCGACACUUUGUGUCAGGAUUUCAGAUAAACGAUCCCACUUCAGUCGACUACGUUCCAACAUUACAUCUUGGUUGUGAAAAAUCCGCCAGAACAAAAGCCAGCUCCAUGAGCAAGAAACCUGCUGGCAGUACAACUUCUGAUGUCGCUUCUUGUCUCGGAGGAAAGAGAAGAAGAAAGAUAAGUGUACUUCCAGCUACAGAUGUAGGCGCUGAAAUUACAUUGGGCGAAGAACCACGUCCAUCAGAAGAUGUAUGUUCACCUGAUCCAGAAAGUUUCCCCACAGAGGUUAUACCAAAUAAAAUUAAAAAGCUUAAACCUCAGAGCAAGAAGGCAGCAGCUCCACCAGUUGGAAGGCCUUGUACUAUCUGUGAGAAACAUGAGAAAAAUCCAGCAAAAGACCCCAGAACAGUAACUCUGUCGAUUCCACCCAAUAUUGAGGCACUGUUUCGAUAUGCUGCAACAGACAUGAGGCUGUCAGGUGCAGGUAAGAAAAAACAGGCAUCUGGAAGCUGUGCUCACAGAAAACGCCGUUCAAAAUCCACUGUUACGAGAAAAAAUAAAUCGAAAAGGAAACAGUUGUCCUCUGCCAGUCAAAAUCAAAAGAAUAAGAUCUUGGUUCCAACUUUGCAAUUACCAUUCUCACCAGGCCAUACACCAAGUAUGUCUUCAAACAUGUGGCAGAACAAAGAAAGAACAGAAAGGACUACUAAUAAGACAUCAUAUGUCAUUAGAAGAAAAUCUCCAGAUUUUAUUUUGGAAGCAGAUGGUGAUGCAAGUCUGUUGCGAACAAUCUGUCAGGAUGGUGCUGUGGAAGAUGUUAUUUCAACUGCCAGAAAAAGUGAGCCAUUACUAACCAUGACUGAGGACCAAGGUGUGGUUGUUGUGAAGAUCAAAAGAAAGUCUUACGCUGAAUCUGAUGCAGACCCACUUGCUUCGAACUUCAGCCAGGGGUGGCAGCCAGAUGGGAUGGAGUUCAUGUCUGCUGAUACUAACAUCACAAACAGAAUAACUCCAGAAGGGAGAAACAUGGAACAAAUUUUUGUGUCCAAAAGUUGCUUGAAGGCAGUAGAGGGUGUAGAGUACACCUUUGGAGUUGCUAGUCACAAAGCAGAGUUAGCACAAAGUAAAAUGCCUCAAGAUGUAGCAAAAUUGGAAGUUGAUUCAAGUCAGGAGGUGAAACCUCUCAUAAAAAGGGAGGAAACAGUACACUUAAAAAAAGAGAGAGAGGUAAAGUCAGAGCCGAUACACUCUGUGGAUUACAAAGAUUGUUUGCAGAGAGAUGUCUCUUCCUGUAAAAGUGACAUGAUAUCUCAGAUUGUGAAUGAGACUGAGAAAACAUUUGCAGUCAAAACUGAGACCAGAGCACCUGUUGAGAAAAGUGCUUCUUAUACUCACAGUUUGUCGGAACCAGAUUGGUCUUCAGUAUCAGAUGUGGAGGACCAGGAAGACAUUAUAGCAGUGAAAGAAGAGCCUGAGGACUGGAGCGCUCAUUGGUUUGGACAAGAUAGUACUUUGAUGGAUGGAGAGCUUAUGAAGAGAGCUCCAGGAAAAGAUGUUUAUCCAACAGGAUUAUUCAAAAAUAUACAUGAAGUUCAUCAACUAAAGGGAGAUGCUUUAAAAACACAAGUAUUAGAGGUUGGUCCCUGUGGAGAAAUGUUCUCAGAUGGACCAUUUGAGUUAUCUAGUAAUAAGUCUAUUGAACCAGUUCCAUUGUGGAGAUGGUCUCCUUCAGAAGGUGAAGCCAGACCUCUCUUAUCAGAUAUUUUACAACAUUAUGAUGAAUCAAGCACUAAAAAGUGCCUUCAUGAUCAGGAGGUGUCCAGACAUUUUUUUGAACUGACCCAGUGUGGUGUGUGUAGCGCUGUUUUUAAAAACUUGUCCCACUUAAAAAUACACAUGUUGGUUCACAGUCCGUAUUAAAUGCAGCCAUGUCAAAUUACGCUUCAUGAUAAGAAUUUGGAUUGUGAUGACAUCUCAAGAAUGUUUUCAUGAAAUUUCUAGAAUUUGCUGAUGACCACUCCAAUUUACUUAUUACUGCUGUAGAAUGUAACGAUUAUUCAAAGACAUACAAUGCUACAGGAGAACAAUCAUCUUAGUGUUGCCUGUGGAUCACAACUUCAUCACCAGUCAGUUAUUAAUGGUGUUAUGGGAUACUGUCAUUCAUCUCCAGAAGUACCUAAAUUCCAUGCAUUAAAGCAUAGCAAUGCACUUAACACCAGUAUGGAUUUUAUACAGCAGUGCAACUUCUUUCUCCAAAAGCAGAGAACUGCCUGAUGCUUUUGUCAAGACCUUUUAUCUUACACCCCUUCAGAUGUUGAAAACAACUUCCCAUAUUUUGGAAUAUUCUCAAGGCAGAACUUUCUUUUUAGUCUGCUCCAGUACUGUUCUUGUUGUAGAAUAUUUAGGUCCUACCCUUCAGCCUUCAGAAUCUGUUGUUUGGGAUAAAAGGUAUAUAUGUUUAUUUAACCAAUAUCAUUAUUUGUUGAAAAAAAAUGAGAACUGGGAUUUGGUGAGAGGUUGAAUGCAUGUAAGAGUGUUUGGGGAAAAAAAUGAGAGGCUGAGCUUUUUUGUUAAAAAAAAAUAAAAUAUGGAGAUUACAGAAAAAUAAUAAAGAAAUGCAGUUAAAAACACUAUAAA